AUGGUGCUUUUGACGACUUAUUCUUGUGAUUUUAUGUGGGCAACUGAAUUGAAUCGAUGUGGUUUGGAAUUAGUGGGUUUAUGGCCUAAAAUAGAUGAAAAAGUUAAGAAUAACUUCGUUUCCGAUCUUCGUGUGUGCAUUGUAUUUAUUAUAGUAACUUUUCUGUCUGUUGUUCCUCUUGUAUGGUCUCUUGUACGAGUUUGGGGUGAUAUGUUACUUAUGAUAGACAAUCUCCAAGUUACCUUACCUUUAAUAGUGGUAUCAAUGAAACUUCUCAUCAUACGAUGGAAACGAUCAGCUAUCGCAUUUAUCAUCAAAAUGAUAGCCGAAGAUUGGAAGAACUUAAAAGUGGACUCAGAGAGAGACGUAAUGAUUAGACGAGCUCGGGCUUCUCGACUAAUUGUAAUUUGUGGAUACGCCUUGAUGGUAUUCGUGUUCAGUGUGCUUAUCGUUCUUCCUACAUUUGGCUUACACUUUAGAUACUUGUCUAAUCUCACGGACGGCGACAGAUUAUUACCGUUUCAAGCAUAUUAUUUCUAUGAUACAGAUAAAAGUCCACAGUUUGAACUGACGCUUAUUAUUCAAGCCAUGACGAUGUUUUUCGGUGCAAUAACUUACACAUCAGUAGAUGCUUUCCUUGGACUCGCAAUCUUUCACAUCUGUGGCCAGUUGGAAAACUUUAGACACCGAUUAUUCAGUCUAACUUCUUGUAAAGAUUUUGAUGGUUGCCUGCCAUGUCGAGUGGGUUUCCCCGCGUUAGUGUUCGACAUGGACAUUUCCGAACGUUCGAGUUAUAAAGAUUUUGUAUGGGCGGUUGAACUAAAUUGCUUGAGUUUGAAACUAAUUGGCUUGUGGCCCAAAACAGACGAAGUAACUAAGGACAAUUACGCUUCCGAUCUUCGCGUGGGCAUCAUUUUCGUUAUAGUAACAUUCGUCUCCGGUAUUCCUCUUAUAUGUUCUCUUAUACGUGUGUGGGGUGAUAUGUUACUUAUGGUAGACAACCUUCAAGUUACUUUACCUUUGCUAAUAGUCUCAUUGAAACUUGUUGUCAUGCGGUGCAAACGAUCAGCGCUUUCAUCCAUCAUAAAAAUGAUGGCGGAAGAUUGGAUGGAAUUGAAAACGACAAAAGAGAGGGACGUGAUGAGAAGACAAGCGCAGAUUGCUCGAGCGAUUGUCAUCAGUGGAUAUGUUCUGAUGGUAUUGGCAUUCAUCGUAGUCAUCGUUCUUCCGUAUUUCGGUUUAUCGUUAAGACACUUGACAAAUCUUACGGAUCCGGGCAAACCGUUGCCGUUGCAGACUUAUUAUUUUUACGACACAGAUAAGAGCCCGCAAUUUGAAUUAACAAUCAUCGUUCAAGCUAUCACAAUCUUCCUGGCCGCUGUAACUUACACGUCGGUAGACGCUUUUCUCGGACUCGCAAUUCUUCACUUCUGCGGCCAGUUGGAGAAUUUUAAAGGCCGAGUAGCUGUUUUGACUUCGUGCCAGAAUUUUUUCUGCACUCUAAAUAACAAUGUGAAAAGACAUCUACGGCUCAUCAAAUUUGCCAAUACUAUUGAAGAUACUUUUAGUUUAAUGCUGUUGAGCUUAGUAUUUUAUUUUGGUAUUGUAUUUUGUCUACACGGAUUUCUAUUACUAACCGUGGUUACAGAAGAAGAUUUAUCCUUUCAACGAUUAUGUUUUCCUUUAAUUAGUAUUACAAUUUUGAUAUCUCAUACUUUUCUCUAUUGUGGUGCUGGGGAGAUUGUAACAAUGCAAUUAUUAAAAACAUCAGCUGGCUAUAUAUCGUUUUUGUUGGCAAAGCGAGGGUAA